CACCCACACCGGAUGACCACCCUUCUUUUCCUCCGCCUCUCGUCCGGGCUCUCGUGUCUUCCUUCCGGCUUGCAGAAGAAAGUUGCGGGGAGGUUCAGAGGCAACAGGGCUUAGACAGAAUGGACAGCCAGGGAAGGAAAGUGGUGGUAUGCGACAACGGGACCGGGUUUGUCAAGUGCGGGUAUGCUGGCUCCAACUUCCCAGAGCACAUCUUUCCCGCCCUCGUUGGCAGGCCCAUCAUCCGCUCCACGGCCAAAGUGGGAAACAUCGAGAUCAAGGACCUGAUGGUGGGCGACGAGGCCAGCGAGCUGCGCUCCAUGCUGGAGGUCAACUACCCCAUGGAGAACGGCAUCGUGAGGAACUGGGACGACAUGAAGCACCUGUGGGACUACACCUUCGGUCCGGAGAAGCUCAACAUCGAUUCCCGCAAUUGCAAGAUUCUGCUGACCGAGCCCCCCAUGAAUCCCACUAAGAACAGGGAGAAAAUCAUAGAGGUGAUGUUCGAGACUUACCAGUUUGCAGGAGUCUACAUCGCCAUUCAAGCCGUUCUGACACUCUACGCUCAAGGCCUUCUGACAGGCGUGGUGGUAGACUCUGGCGAUGGCGUGACCCACAUUUGCCCAGUGUAUGAAGGCUUCAGCCUGCCCCACCUGACCAGACGCCUGGAUAUUGCGGGCCGGGACAUUACCCGCUACCUCAUCAAGUUGCUGCUGCUGAGAGGCUACGCCUUCAACCACUCUGCAGACUUUGAGACGGUGCGCAUGAUGAAGGAGAAGCUGUGCUAUGUGGGCUACAACAUCGAGCAAGAGCAGAAGCUGGCGCUGGAGACCACCGUGCUGGUGGAGUCCUACACGCUGCCAGAUGGCCGUGUGAUCAAGGUGGGCGGAGAGCGCUUUGAGGCCCCGGAGGCUCUGUUCCAGCCCCACCUCAUCAACGUGGAGGGCGUAGGCGUGGCCGAGCUUCUCUUCAACACCAUCCAAGCGGCCGACAUCGACACCAGGCCUGAGUUCUACAAACACAUUGUGCUCUCGGGCGGUUCCACCAUGUAUCCGGGUCUACCCUCAAGGCUGGAGAGGGAACUUAAGCAGCUUUACCUGGAGCGUGUGCUGAAGGGAGAUGUGGACAAGCUCUCGAAAUUUAAGAUCCGCAUCGAGGACCCUCCCAGGCGAAAGCACAUGGUGUUCCUGGGCGGGGCUGUACUGGCCGACAUCAUGAAGGACAAGGACAACUUCUGGCUGACCCGCGAGGAGUACCAGGAGAAGGGUGUCCGUGUGCUGCAAAAACUCGGCGUCACCGUCAGAUAAAGCGCCUCACACACACACACACAUACACAUAACAUGAUCGCACAGCGCAAAAGACACACAUACACAAUUCCCCCCUCAUAAGAGAAUAUAUCUAUUUAUCCUUCUUCUCUUUGGGCUUGUGGUGCUCCUCAAACAUCAGAGGACAUCCAGCCAUCACCUUUGUGCUUUCCUUUUCCUCCUCUCCUGGGUCACUUUCCAUAUUUUCCACACUUCCAUCUUUGCACCGCACCCCCCCACCCCCCACCUACCUUCAGAGUUAGUCAGAAACUAUGAAUCAGCAUCAAAAAUCGGGGACGGGGCUGCAAAGUCUAGAAGCGCCUUGUACCUUGUACACGUCUUUGAUAUCACAAUCAAGGUCCACCUCCAAAACACUUGCAAGCUUUCAGCAUCCGUCAGCGACAGCUAAUCACAUUUUUACGGUUUUUAUAAGCCACUUUUUCUUUUUCUGGGAGAGGGAUUUCAUUUUUUUGUUGAAUUUAUUGCAUAUAUGAUUUGAUUUCCUUUUGUUGCUGUGCACUACUACCAUUGUAAAUGGAGUGUAUUGUGGUAACAGAAGUUCCUCCAUGUUUUUAUGAAGACUUAAUUCCUUAAAGGGGCACCAAAAAAAAAAAAGAAGAAAUAAAAGAAGAAGAAGCCCCCCCCCCCCUCCUGAAACUUGAUAUGGGUUUGUGUGAUGGUACUUUCCGGUGUGGGGAUGUUUGUUCCGCCUAUUCAGCUGAUCAAACCUAAUAAUGUCUGUUGUGUUUUCUCCAAAAUGUGGCCAGUCACAGAAGGGCAGUUUGAUUGGAAAAUGGCGGCCACCCAAACUCGAGAGAUUUAAGUUGUCCAGUCUUUCAGUCCCCUCAGCAGGCCGACAUGAUGAAUACUGGAGGCACUUCAUUUUUUUUUUUUUUUUUUUAAUUUUGGAGUAAAUGUUUAUAUUUUUCUUUUCCUCUUUCCGUGGACGUCUUAUCCAGUGCCAAGUGCAGUUUGUUGUUAACUGGAGCUCAUCUUUUAUGUCUUGCUCUUUUUUUUUUUUGUCACUUUUUGUUUUUAUUUUGUUGUUCAUAGCAUAACUGCCUAACGCUGAUUUAAAUAAAAGUGAUUUAUAAGGA